AUGGAGACGACAUGGCAAGACCCCGAGCUCCGCUUCUUGCUGGGCGAGAUGAUCAAGGCAAGUCCCAUAGACGUAUCGGUUCUGGCAGAGUUCAUUAGGGCGAAUAAUAUCGAGCAAAACUGGAUGAACAUGCAGCUUCCUAUCGGCCGUACUAUGCAACAGUGCAUGGGCGCAGCAGAAAGAGUAUUAUCUGUUCAUCACCCCCAGCCCCCGAACUAUUUCGGCUUGAAACGCAAAAGUAUUGAAGGAAGCGAGCAGUCAUUAAAGAGACAAGCUAUCAUGACGCCAACCGAACCAAGUCAACCGCCACGUAAUAUCCAACCGCGGCCCAGUGCGAACGGCUUCCCACCAGCCUCUUCGACAAAUAGUAGCCCGAGUGUGCCGACGGGGACGGGAACCGGGACAGCGACGGGGACGGGAAAGAAGCGUGGACGCCCUUCCAAGGCUGAUAAAGAAGCUCAAGCCCGAGCGGCAAACCUUUACAGGACCAUGGAAUAUGCUCCAAUUACACCUGCCCCGGCGUUGGCACCACUUGCACCAAUGAGUAUUACGCCUCAACGCGACUAUGCCUCGUCUCCUGGUUACGAGAUUAGUGGAGGUACAAUGGAAAUGAAGGUGCAGCGUGGGAAAAUCCGCGGCAAUGAGAACUCACCGAUCGGGAGUGUCUAUCCUCUGGCUUCUCCUGCCUCCGUAUCUGAUAUACCACGUGGCGCACCUGAACCUGCCGAGCAGUACCAGCAGCAAUCGCCACGGGACUAUGCAGCGCGUCAACCCGCAGACCCUGGCUCCGCCUCCAACCAUUCGCACUUCAAGCGUUCCUCGGCAUCACCCGCAUUAAAUCAGGCGCAAUCUCUUCCAGAAUCUAAUACACUGCCGCCAAUACAAGCAUCACCCCGCCAUGCGCCCGAACAGUACAAACCAGAGCCUCCACGCGUUAUUGAUCCUAUUUUUCCCGAUCGAGACAGAUCCAAGAGUGUGUUUGAUCCUAUCCCGAGAGCAACACCUCCAGCACAGCCCCUUGUGAAUCGAAGUUAG